AUGAGAGAGAUAGGGGUAACAAGACAAGCGAGAAGCGAGAAGCGAGAAGAGAAGAAAAGGGAGGAGGUCGAAGAGGAGAGGAGGAUGGAGAGGAAGAAAAAGGAGAGGAAGGAGGAGAGGAGGGAGGAGGGAGAAGAAGAAAAAGGACGAGGCGAGGAUAAGGAGAGAGGCAGGACGAGGGAAGAACUAAAAGUGGUGAUGUAUGCAGGCGCCGCUAGUGCAGCAAGUGCCAAGUGGGAAGGAGCGACGGAGCAGGCUCUGGGCGGGAAGGAAGGCAGUGUCUCCUCUAGUUUAUGCUCCGGCCAAGGCAAGAUGGGGCCAAGCCCGGUCUGGGCCGCCCUUGUGCGCACGCACUCCUUGAUUGGCGUGUCCGUGGUCCGCCAGGCAGAGAUCACUUGA